AUGAACUUACAACAGAUUAUGAGACCCACCUCAAUUAGCGCAGACGGCAUCAAGGUCUUCGCUGGCGCUGAGCAGGAUGCCAACCUCUUCUUCAUCACCGUCGAGGCCAAGCUCAUCGCCGCUGGCAUCGACGCUGGCAUCAUCGCCGAGGGUGGUGCUGACCACCAAGGAGACGGGCAGGCUCCAGCAGCUGCCUCAUCGCCGAGCCCAAGCACCCACGGUGCUUCGGGUCCCCGCACUCGCUCCCGCGCUCAACGCGGCCCGCGCCGCACUGGCGCCCGCCACGACGUGGAGGACCAUGAUGACGACGACGACGAGGGCGAUGGCGACGACCACGGCGCUCAGCCAUCUUCCUCCUCUUCCUCUCUCCCUUCUUCCGCCACUCCGAGCGGAGGAGCGCAGGUGGCGUCCCGAGCCUCUGGCCUGCUGGAUCCCCGUGAUCCACAGGUUGACGCAGCCAUCUUCGCGUUCCUCCUUGGCGUCCUGACGGGACACCCGCUGCGGCUGGCCAUCACCGACAACCGUGGCCGCUCCGGUGUGCUUGCGCUGCGCCGCCUCCGCGAGCGCUACAUCCGCAGCGGCAAGGACCACGUCAGUCGUCUCAGGCAGCAGCUCUCCUCGACCACCUGGUUGCCCACGGACACCGUUGACACGUUCAUGUCCCGCAUCACGGACAUCAACUCGCAGCUCCUCGCUGCCGGCGUGUCCAUCCCGGAGGACGACCUGCGCACCCUCGUCCGCAACGAACUCCCCGCAGAGUUUGAUGUGGCGAUGCGGUUCAUGGAGCGCGAGGACCCGCCGCCAUCGCUGUCCAAGAUGACGGCGGACCUCAUCCAGGAGGAGCGCCGCCUGCAUCGUCCCAAGAAGCGCACGCCCGUGCUCGCCAUCGGCGGGCCAAGCCCCGGCUCCUUCGCUGCAUCGCCGAUGCACGCUGGCACGUCGCCCUCCGACACGAGCGGUGGACCAUGCUGUCCACCUGCAGAGCGCGUGACUUGCGCGUUCUGCAACUUCCGCGGCCACUGCGCGCAGCAGUGCCGCAAGCUGCAGGCGGCCAAGCGCUACCACGUCAUCGACGUGCGGCAGAUCCUGGCUACGCUUCGCAACCACGGCAACGGCAACGGCAAGCGGCCAGGAUCCUCUCGCCCGCAGCACGGACGAGCAGCUCCAUUCAAGAAGGCGGCCGUCGUCAGCCACGGCCCUCAGCGCGUGGAGACCUUCGCCAUCCACCACGAUGCCCUCAUGCUGCAGCCCGAGGGCGAGGAGGAGGGCCACGCCAUCGGACCAGUGCCACCACAGCUGUGGCUCGCUGACAGCGGUGCCACGGCGCACAUCACCAGCGACGCCUCCCUCCUCACCAACUACGUCGCCGUCACGCAGCACGUCACCGUUGCCAACAGCCAGGCCGUCACGGUCAUCGGCAAGGGCGACGCCGUGCUCCGCGUGACUGGCACAGACGGCGCUCCAGGUACCAUCACGCUGAAGAACGUGCUGCAUGUCCCCGACAUCAAGUACAACCUUCUGGCGCUGAACCUGGUGACUCGCGCGCGUCGUGGUGCUUCCGUCGUCAUUGCUGCGGACGACAGCCGCAUCCAGUUUGCCACAUGGAGCGUGCCUCUGCUGCCGUCCAAGGACACCGGCCAUCUCUUCCUCUACGCCAGCACCACGACCUCCCAACAAGCCACGGCGCUUGCGGGGGAGCUCGUGCACAGCAGCGAUGGGGAAGCCGAGGAUGCUGACGAGGGCGCCUCUGCACACGACGUGCUAGGCCAUCGCAGCAGCGCGGCCGUCGACGCCAUCCGACAGCAGAUUGCCCAGGCCUCUUCCAAGCACAUCGUCACCUGUGGACCAUGUGCGCUUGGCAAGAGCACGCGCGCCUCCAUCCCGAAGCAGUCUGCUCCACGCAGCGCUGGGCCAUGCCAGCUGCUCUACGCCGACAUCGCCGGUCCGCUGGAGGAGACGUCGCUGCGAGGUGCACGCUACGCGCUGACCUUCAUCGACGACUGCACGCGCUUUGCCUGGACGUUUCUCAUCCGGCACAAGAGCGACGUCGGUGCGGCCCUGGAGCAGCUGCGCAAGGACCGCCACGUCGUCAACGCGCUCCGAGGCGCCACGCUGCAGACGGACAGCGACGCCGUCUUCAAGAGUCAGGACUUCACCGACCUGUGCCUGGCCUUCGACAUCAAGCAGCGCUUCUCGCCACCGCACUCGCAGGCCAAGAACGGAUCCGCAGAGCGCACUUUCCGCACCCUCUUCGAGACGGCGCGUACGAUGCUGUUUGCUGCGGACCUGGACAAGCCGUUCUGGGGCUUCGCCGUGCAGCACGCCACGCUGCUGCACAACAUCGCGCCGCGCAGGAGCCUCAAGGACAAGUCACCGUUCGAGGCCCUGACUGGGCACGCCUUCGACGUCAGCCUGUUGCGCGUCUUCGGUUCGCCGGCCUACGUGCAUGUGGAGAAGAGCAGCACGCGGCACAAGCUUGACCCACGCUCACGCGUUGGCGUCUACGUCGGCUUCGCUGAGGAGGACCAGGCCCACGUCGUCUGGAUGCCGGACACGCGACGCGUUGUCCACACCAUCCACGCUCGCUUCGGCGCCAUCAAGAACAAGGACGUCGCCUCCUCUCAGCAGCAGCAAGAGCAGGACGACAGCGGUGCCUCUGCUUCGCAUGCCAACAAGACCGCUCAGCGUUCAACCGAGGACAGUGCCACCGGCGCUCCCACUGCACCACGUGCGGGGGAGCCGCAGCUCCAGCCACGCGCCCUUGGCGGCUCCGUCUGGGACCAGCUGCUGUUGUCCGAGACCCUCGGUGACAAGGACACCCCUGGUGGCUCAACCACCACGUGUCACGUUGCCACCAGCGCUGCUGGUACGGGGGAGAAGUCAUCAGCAGUGGGUGGUCAUCUACCAGACAUCGCUGCUGGCAGUGUUGCCACGUCAGCUGAGCCAGCCACCGUCAAGGAGGCGCUUGCCUCGCCAGACUCUGAGGAGUGGCGCCAAGCCAUCCUGGACGAGUUUGCGGCAAUGCAGGCCAAUGACGUCUACGACGUCGUGCCUCGCGCUGACCUUCCCAAGGGCCACAAGCUGCUCCGCAGCAUGGUCAUCUUUCGGAGGAAGCGCGAUGACCAGGGCAAGGUGAUCAAGUACAAGGCGCGCUGGGUUGCCAAAGGCUACUCCCAGGUCCACGGUGUCAACUACACGGACACCUUUGCCCCGACGGCUACCAUCGCAGCCAUCCGCACCAUGCUCGCCAUGGCCGUCGCUCGUGGCAUGAACGUCCAGCAGAUGGACGUCAACACGGCGUUCCUCAACGCGCCCGUGGAUCACGAGAUCUACGUCCAGCCACCGGCCGUCGACGGCAUCUUCUCGCCGAAUACGGUCCUGCGCCUCAAGCGCGGGCUGUAUGGGCUGAAGCAGAGCCCGCGCCUGUGGAACCACACGCUGGACGCCUGGAUGCGCGAGCAGGACUUCGUCGCCACAGCCACGGACGCCUGCAUCUACCGCCGCACCUGCAAGGGUGGCAAGGUGAUGUGGGUUGCCGUCUACGUGGACGACCUGCUCAUCUUCGCCGACAGCGACAGCGACAUGGCCGCGUUCAAGAAGGCCAUCUCCAAGCGCUUCAAGAUGAAGGACCUGGGCAGCCCAGACAUUUGUCUCGGCAUCAAGGAGGAGCUCACCGGCGCCGUCCUGUGCGAGCCCACGCUCGUGCACACGGACAACCAGCCGGCGCAGCGCGUUGCCGAACACGCCGCCUCGCGCAUGCGGCACAUCCUCGUCAAGUACCACUACAUCCGCGAGUGCGUCGACACCAAGAGGAUUGUGCUGAGCUACCUCGCCACGGAGCACAUGAUCGCAGAUCUCCUCACGAAGAUCCUCCCUCGGCCCAAGACGGCUCAGUUCUGCACGAUGCUGUUCGACCAGCGUCCUCUGCCAGGCUGCCAGCCACGGGCCCGUCCUCAUUCGGGCCGGUCGCCACGUCCUUCGACUCCGCGUCAGGACUGA